GUUUCAUGUCGUACAGUUCCAUACACCAAGUUUAAGGCCUUUUAGGCUAAUCCRAGUAGCUCAAGCUACGCUUAACAACAACAACCACAGCAGCAGCAGGCCAAGACAACAGCAAGAACACCAUGGCCAGCGCUCCUUUGCUGCUCGAGCAAUUCAUCUACAAGAAACGAAAUUUCGUUUAUGCCUUUGUGCGGCAUCGUCUCUUUACGUUAUGUAAACAAUCGCUUAUACGCGUGCAGUCUGCGGAGGGCAUCAAACGCAUCGAGAUCUCGCCAAAAUCAAAUCUAAAACAGCUUUAUGACAGCGUACAAAAUGUGCUCAAGGUCGAUGGCUUUGGUCUUUUCCUGGAGCGGAACUUCGCCACAGAGCUACACGCAAGCGGCAGCCAGCUGGUGGGCAGCGCUCUCAAGCAUGGCGACAUGGUCUAUCUAAAACAGAUUGCGGGCACUUCAUCACGCCGCACGAGCACCACAGCGAUUGACAAUAUGUCGUUCAAUAGCGCUAAGUUAUCCACUGAUAGACUUACYAACAGCUUACGUCCAUCCAUUGAUGUGAUCGAGGAUGAGGUGGAUCAACAGUUGUUUAAAUCGAGUGGCACCAUUAAACGUGAACGCGAUAGUAAGCUUUGCCAUCACAAUGCCAAUGGUCGUUGCGUUCAUUGCUCUCCGUUGGAACCAUAUGACGAGAAUUAUCUGAAGGAACAUAAUAUCAAGCACUUGUCCUUUCAUUCGUACAUACGCAAGCAAACUUCUGGCAUGGAUCACGGAAAGUAUUUUGUAUUCGAUGACAUCAAUUGUCGCAUCAAGCCCGGCUGUCGGGAACAUCCACCAUGGCCCAAAGGCAUUUGUUCCAAGUGCCAGCCAUCGGCUAUAACACUCAACCGUCAAACCUAUCGUCAUGUGGACAAUGUUAUGUUUGAGAAUACUAAAAUUGUAGAGCGCUUCUUAAAUUAUUGGCGUACCACGGGCCAUCAGCGCAUGGGGUGGUUGUAUGGCACCUAUGAGCAGCAUACGGAUGUGCCACUUGGCAUACGUGCCAGAGUGGCGGCAAUCUAUGAGCCGCCGCAGGAAUCGUCUCGUGAUUCAAUAAACAUCUGUCCAGAUGAGAACGCCGAUGAAGUGGAUGCCGUAGCYAAAGCACUAGGACUUAAAAAGAUUGGCUGGAUCUUCACGGAUCUAAUUACUGAAGAUGCUAGCGCUGGCACUGUAAAACAAAUACGUGGAAUUGAAACACAUUUUCUGACCGCUCAGGAGUGCAUUACAGCGGGUGAGCUGCAGAAUCGUCAUCCGAAUCCAUGUAAAUAUGCCACAAAYGGCACGUUUGGCUCUAAAUUUGUCACAAUUUGUGUAACUGGUGAUCAAACCAAACAGGUGCACAUGGAGGGUUACGCUGUUUCCGCUCAAUGCAUGGCUCUGGUUCGUGAUAAUUGUCUAAUACCUACCAAGGAUGCACCCGAACUCGGCUAUGUGCGAGAAUCGACUGAUAAACAAUAUGUCCCGGACGUUUUCUAUAAGGUAUGUAACAUAUAUGUACAUUAUAUAAUAUAA